UCACACCCUUCCCACAUCACACCACCAUGGCCAGAUACACGAUAACCCCAGCUCCUCCCUCCGUAACGUGCUGCAAACCAAAUUUAAUGCCAUUCCAUAUCGAAUACAACGGAACUGCUCCAAUUUCCACAUUUUUACACGUCCAAGACGCGAAGAAGAAUAUCGGGGCACCUGAAGAACCGGUGCACCAAACACCAACUACUGAAGUGGACGAUGAGUCACAGAAGACAGUUGUGGACAGCGAGACUGGCUCAGAGACUGUUGUGACUUCGUCUUCUUCCUCUUCCACACUAGUCGCAACAACAAGCAUCGAAACGUCUUCGCAGGUAUCUACGUCAGCUAAUCAACAACUCUCCGACCUACCCAACCGCUAUAUUUCCACGUUUAGAGGUCGGACUAUCCAUGGACUGGCGGUUGAUGUACCAGAGGGACUUACGGGUGUCGUAUUACGGUCAGAACGUGCUGGCAGUGGUUUGGAACGUCAACGAGAGUCAGCCGCUGUGAGGGAGAAAGAACAGCUGAAAGCCGCAGCUGCAGCUGCGAAGUGGAAGAAAGGGAAGGGGAAGGCUGACGAUGCCGGUGCUGGUCGAAGAACGCGAAGCUCGGCGCGCAGAGCUGUCGAAGACGAGGAUAUGGAUGUGGAUGAAGAUCUGGAAGACGAGGAUGACGUCUCAUUACUGGGAGAAGAGGAGGAAUGGUCGGGUGGAGGGGGUACACCUAUCAAUCUCGUGCCCACUUCCAACUUUUCUUCGUUUAUGUUGUGGCAUCCGGAUAUUCCGGUGGAUACUGGUAAAGACGAAUAUUUUGGGACGAUCUCGGAGUGGAUGAAGAUCGCUCAGAUGAUCCAUCGUGUUGAAGAUGGAUAAUAUACUCCAUCUCCCUUCCUCUUCACCUUUCUUUUCAUGCUAGGGAUAGCUCGAGAGUAAUACGGCCCAUGUUGUUUGAUAUACCCGUUCUAUAUAAUCAAAUCGAACUCCAUCAGAAUUCAUAUCAAAAUCAUUGCUUUCCGUGACACCGUCGUGAACGAGGAAGCCUUGUAUAAGGAAGUCCUCGGGUGUCGCCAUAGUGAAGACGAAAUUCCCGCAGCAUCA